AUAAUGCAUAUUCGUCAAUAAAUUAUAAAUGCGGGUUCAUCAAAGUUAAUUACAGUUAAUCGAUAAACUCGAUGCAGUCAUAAAUCACAAUGAAAGUGUGACAAUUGCAAGUGAUUAAAGAUACAUACAUAUAUAUACAUAUAUAUAUGUAAAAAGCGUAAAAAUUGUGAAAGCCUUUGUUUAGUGAACAUAAAAUAAAUAUUAAAAAAGUGAAAGUUUAAUAACCAAGGAGAAACUAAUAAAGCAUAAUGCCUUACUUCGCAUCGACUGAAUUAUACUGAUUGCGACAAUUUCUACAUACAUAUACGGGAGCUUCCCCGCUUCAGUAUAAUGAAUCGUUAUAUUACCCUCUCACAAUUGGGUGAUGGCACAUACGGUACAGUGGUAUUAGCCCAACGCAAGGACACUGGCGAAAAGGUGGCUAUAAAACGUAUGAAACGAAAAUAUUACUCCUGGGAGGAGGCGAUGAAUUUGCGCGAAGUAAAGUCGCUCAAGAAACUCUCUCACCCCAAUAUUGUUAAGCUGAAGGAAGUCAUACGUGAGAAUGACACGUUAUAUUUCGUUUUUGAAUAUAUGAAAGAGAAUUUGUACCAAAUGAUUAAGGACCGCGACACACAUUUGCCAGAACCAACGCUUAAAAGUAUACUUUUUCAGGUCCUCACUGGCUUGGCGUUCAUGCAUCGCCAUGGAUUUUUCCAUCGUGACUUGAAACCGGAGAAUUUACUUUGCUCAGGACCGGAGCUUAUAAAAAUUGCAGAUUUCGGCUUGGCGCGAGAGAUACGCUCACGACCGCCGUUUACAGACUAUGUGUCGACAAGAUGGUAUCGAGCACCGGAGGUGCUGCUACAUUCCACAAACUAUGCCAGUUCCAUAGAUUUGUGGGCAAUGGGUUGCAUCAUGGCGGAGCUGUACACAUUUCGACCACUCUUUCCGGGCAGCAGUGAAGUGGAUCAACUGUUUAAGAUUUGUUCUGUUUUAGGAACGCCUGAGAAGAGUGAAUGGCCCGAAGGCUAUAGACUCGCAGCGACUAUACACUUUCGCUAUCCGGAAUGCAUCAAGGUGCCGCUCAAUACGAUUGUGACACGUUGCAGUCAGGCGGGCUUGGAUUUGUUGGAGGACAUGUUGCACUACGAUCCGGAUAAGCGGCCCACGGCGCAGCAGAGCCUUAAAUAUGCCUACUUUCAUGCGCUCAAGCGCAUCUCACCCACGGCGGCGGCGAAUGCCAAUGUCAAACUUACGGCCAAAUAUGCGGCAGCGGCUGCUGUUGUAAAUACAAAUACAACAAACAAUACGAAUAUGAGCAUCAAUGGCAGGAAUGCGGGGCAAUUGCCGAAUCUAUCGAAUAAUGUGCUUCCGGUGCAAGAGAAACUACAAGCGGUUACCGAGCUGAUACAGCAAGGUAAUCGGCAGCAUAAUAAUAGCAAUACUGUUAAUGCCAAUAAUGCAGUAAAUGCAUCACUGAACAACAAUAGUAAUCGUGCAUACAACAAUAUGUACGCGAGGCGUGCGAUAAUUCCCAUAACACAGAACCCCAAUCAAGUGCAAGCGCCAAAAAUCAGUUUCUUGGCAAUAAAUGGUGGCGAUGCGUCGCGCUCCACAGUGCCGUUACAAUUGACAGCUGUUAAUGCGCAACAGAAUUCGCACACCAACAACGGCAUGCCGCCGAAUGCCAUCAACAACGUAGCAAAUCGGCAAUUCCGUGAACAACUUGAAGAUAACAUUUCGAUAAAGAGCGGCUACAAUACCAUACUCGCGCCAGCCAGUCACAUAUAUCUGAACGGUGGCGGAGAGGCGGCACUCCACAAGCGUUCACAGGAAAAUCUUGCCUUCACCGAGUCCAUAAAUGACAUCUACUUGAAUCGCAACACCGGUCAGCUGCAACCGCCACAGCCGCCAAAUGUCUCCUUCAAUCACAGCAGUAAUCCUGUCGGUAAUAUUAAAGCCGGUGUAAUCUAUUUGGCGAAUGGCCAUCGGAAUUAUGCACUCUUUGAGACCGCUUCGAAGAAUGCUAAAAAUUCGGCGAAAAUUAAUGGCUACUACCUACAGACGCGUCCAAGCUUAUUGAAUCUCGAUACAGUGGGUAAGGAAGCCAAGGUCUAUAAUAUGUUCUCCAAGGUAGUGCCGAAACAAGCACCCACAGGCAAUUUAAUUAUGCGGAAUGCAUUCGAGCAGAGUAUGGACAGAAAUGACUACACAAAUAAUGAACAAACCGUGGAGAAACCUCUUUACGAACGGCUGGGUGGCGACAAAAAAUCUCUGCCGAACGGACAAAAUGCAGAGUUGAGCAAGGACGAUGAACUCGAUCUUAUAUUGGGUUCUAAAAUUAAAACAUCAGCCAAACGACAACGUCAACGCAACGGUAAAGCAAAUAUUUUGCUCGAAGAUCUCUUCGGUCAUCUUUCGCUCGAUUCGGAUAGCGAAACCACAAAGUAUCCAAAUACAGUGCCAUUAACGACACAUCAACAACAUACAUUUUCGGAACGGAACUCCAGUUUGCCAAAUGGUUAUUCCAAUGAGAAUUCAUUGAUGGAGAAGAGUAAGAUGCAUAUACCCAGUAGCAUUGAAGUGAAUAACGGUAGUUAUGCUGAUUCGCUGUCGACAAAUGCUUCUAGUAUAUCUAAGGAUUCACUUGACCCGCCCACAGAUGAUGAGUGCCAAUUUUGGCCCAUUAGAGUUGAUCCACAGUCCGUUGCGCAGACAAAAGCCAAAAUGCAACCGUGGGACGGUACGAAUAAAACCGAAGAUGAAAAAUUGACGGCGUGGAUGGUUGCCGAAAAUGGCUCUUUGCUUGAGAAGAAAAUACUAAAUGGACUCAGCGAUAAAAACAGUUCCGAAUGGAAUACAGCGUACCUUAACAAUUAGGCAUAAAGAAGAGAAGAUUAUUUAACAAAGAAAUCUAAAAGAAAGUUAAAGAAAGCAACCAAAGCAGUAGCGGGAAAAUGGCGAGGAAUUGUAUGAGCUAAAUUGUCAUACAAAAGUUUGUGCUGUGAUAAACUAAAUGAAAAUUCUAAAGAGCAAGUAAAAUAAUGAAUGUUCUCAAAUUGCAUUAGCACAGAACACACAGGCACAUAUGAUAGGUAUUUUUUCUAAAUACAUCAACAGCAAGAAAUGUGUGUGAGACACUAUGUACCAUUUAAACUUGCAGUAAAUUGUAAAAUACCAAAUAAACUAAAUACUAGCAUUACAUUUGUACAAACUUACACGAAAAAUCGGGUAACUCAAUGAAAAAACUGUUAAUGCAAAUGAAUUUAUGUGCGCAAACAACAAUAACAAUAAUUAUAUGUAUGUAUGUAUUUGUAAAUGUGUACUUAAUUUAAUUUCGAAAACUGUAAAAUAAUAAAAAAUAUUACAACAAAACUGUACAACAA